AUGAAUCAAACAAAGAGAUUACUCAGUACAAUCAGGCUAGCCAACUCGCUCUACUCGACUCAGCUCGCCAGAACCCACCCUAAUAAUAAGGUUCGAACUCGGUUUGUUGAUUUACAUGUCCCUAAUUACGUUUCCCCAUUUCUCAAUUUCCAUGCAAAACUCUUCUUUUCUUCGAAGCCAGAACAAACGCUCAAUAUUAUUUUAUCUGAAAAGUGGUCUGAUGAGUUAGAACAAGAAUUAUCAAAGUCAAAAACCGAUUUCACCCAUGAAUCCGUCAUGUAUGUUCUAAAGAAACUCUCGAAAGAGCCCCAGAAGGCUUCCGAUUUCUUUAAUUGGAUCGUUGGAAAACAAGGGUUUCAACCCAGUUCUUCCAUUUAUAGCAUAAUGCUUCGGGUUUAUGGGAAUAAAGAAUCGAUAAAGCGGUUUUGGGCCACUGCUCAAAAGAUGAAAGAAGAAGGUUUCUUCAUUGACGAUCAAGCGUAUUUAAUGAUUCUUCAGGAUUUUAAGAACUCGAAUAUGAUCAAUGAGGCUGCAAAUUUGACCAAAAUUUAUAACUCAAUGGCGAAAGAUAAUGUCAUGAAUGACGUUAUUAAGGAAAUCGUUGGUGUUGUGAUCGAAUCAGAUUGGGGAAAUGGGGUUGAGAAGAGAUUAGCAGGGAUCAAAUUCGACUUCAAGGUAUCAGAUAAUUUCGUUCUUAGAGUAUUAAAGAAUCUGCGAAAGUAUCCUUUGAAAGCAAUCAAGUUUUUCAGAUGGGUUAGUGAGACUUUCAAUUAUGAACAAAAUACCAUCACUUAUAACGGGGUUUUACGUGUUCUUUGUCAAGAAGAUUCAAUAAAAGAAUUUUGGAACAUCUUUAAGGAAAUGAAGAACGCAGGCCAUGAAAUGGAUCUUGAUACUUAUCUAAAAAUCUCAAGAUUCUUUCAAAAACGUAAGAUGUUAAAAGAAGCAGUAGAGCUUUACGAGCAUAUGAUGGACAGCCCUUACAAGCCCUCAAUUCAACAUUGUAGUGUUCUUCUAAGAACCAUUGCAGGCAACAUUUCACCAAAUUUGGAUCUUGUUUUUCGGGUAGUAAAUAAAUUUGAAGCCACAGGAAAUUCUCUUUCAAAAAGCGUUUAUGAUGGUAUUCAUAGAUCAUUAACAAGUGUAGGUCAAUUUGAUGAAGCCGAGAAGAUGAUGACAGCCAUGAAAGAUGCAGGAUACGAACCCGAUAACAUAACCUACAGCCAAUUGAUCUUUGGUCUAUGUAAAGCUCGAAGACUAGAAGAUGCAACCAAGGUGCUCGAUGAAAUGCAAGCAAAUGGUUGCACUCCUGACAUCAAGACAUGGACGAUUCUAAUCAAGGGACACUGUUCAGCCAAUGAAGUCGACAAAGCUCUGAUCAUUUUCGCCAACAUGAUCGAGAAAGGCUGCGAGGCUGAUGCGGAUCUUUUGGAUGUUUUAGUAAACGGGUUCUUGAGUCAAAACAAGGCCAUAGACGCACACCAGGUGCUUGUUGAAAUGACUGAGACAGGUGGGGUGAAACCAUGGCAGGCGACUUACAAGAAUUUGAUUAGAAAACUGUUGUUGGAGAGGAAAUUUGAGGAGUCAUUGAAGCUCCUAAGGCUGAUGAAGAAACACGACUAUCCACCGGUUUCAGAGCCUUUUGUGGGGUUUGUUUCCAAAUUUGGGACGAUUGAUGAUGCUUUAGAGUUUUUGAAGGCGUUGAGUUAUAAAGAAAGUCCUUCAGUUUCGUCUUAUCUGAAUGUGUUUCAGGGUUUUGUUGAUGAAGGUAGAGAAUUGGAGGCUAAAGAUUUGCUUUUCAAGUGUCCACCUCAUAUUCGCAAAAACAAAGGAAUUUCUAGUCUUUUUGGGUCUGUUUGA